CCGUAACGUGUCCCAUAUUUACCCACGAUCCCCACCUUCUUGGUGCGCUUGGCCUGUGGAGGAAUAAUGACGGCGAAGGUCAAUUACACUUAACAUCACAACAAGAACGUCAAUGGAUUCAAAACGGAAAUUACUUGCGGGAGGAGUGCCAUGAAGUUGACACGGAAGCUGGUACUUGCUAAGGCCAAGGCCUCGGACUUGGAAAGCGUGAAGAAAUUAAACUGCUGGGGAUGCAACCUGACUGACAUUUCUAUCUUUACACAGAUGCCCAACAUUGAGGUGCUCACUCUGAGCGUCAACAGCAUCUCCACUCUUUCUCCUCUGGCCGGUCUUUUAUCGCUGACUGAGCUUUACCUGAGGAGGAACCAAAUUCCCUCCCUGUCCGAGCUGUCCCAUCUGCGUCCGCUGCCUCGCCUCAGGGUGCUCUGGUUGGCCGAGAACCCCUGCUGCGGAACCGAUUCCAGACGCUAUCGCCUCACUGUUCUGCGCUGCUUGCCUCGUCUCCAAAAGCUUGAUAAUCAGGUGGUUACAGAGGAUGAGGUUGCUCUCGCUCUCGUGGAAGGUGAAGAAGUCAGAACCCCUCCGGGCAGCAUUCCCAUCCAGCUUUCCAACAACGGUCAUCCGGAUGCAGAGACAGAGAACGACCCACUGAACUACAACAUGGAGGAGACCAACAAAAUCAGAGAAAAGUUGGGAAUGAAGCCGCUCUCCAGGGACAAGUUUUCCUCUCCUUGUUCUCCGUCAACCAGAGAAAAACCAACAAUGAGAAGGACUCACACAGUGGAUGCGGUUCUGCUCCUGCUGAGGGAUCUGGAUGAGGAGGAGCUUCGGAUCGUUCAUACAGCCACGCUGAACAGGCUGCAGACCUACACUCUGGGCUCAGGAGAGCCUCAGCUCCUCACAGCACACACAGAAACGCACUAGAACUCACAAUAACGGCAUGCAUUCAGCACCAAAACUUAUUGGAAUGUAAAACUCAGGACUUUGAAACAGAAGAUGUGCACGUACACAAUGACGUUUGUCUGCUUUUCUAUAACACAAUUUAAAGUUUAUUGCUGCAUGUGUGUCUAGCCUUAUGGGAGCAAAAAAAAA